AUGGCAACGCAAGAACCUCCCUACGUGGCAAUUGCCCAGCGAAAGCAAGCCGAGUUGGCUGCUGCUGUUCCUGCAGAAUGGCGACUGCCGCCACACCUCGUUCCCGCGGGGAUGCUCUCCCCCGCCGAGUCGAUCACCGAAGGUCCCAAGCUGUAUACCCGAGUCAACGUGAUAGAAAUUCCACGCACCUGUGGAAUCCUUAGCCCCAAAGAACUCGAAAUCACCGAGAAAUACCAUGUGCGCGCAUUGGUGGACGAGAUGACCGAGGGGAGGUUGAAGGCGGAAGAGGUGGUGCGAGCGUUCUGCAAGAGAGCAGCUAUUGCCAACCAGCUCACUCGAUGCCUCACAGAGCCACUCUUCGAUCGCGCCCUUCGCCGAGCACAGGAAUUGGACGACCACCUCCGCCGAACCGGCCGUCCCUUCGGUCCCCUACAUGGCCUUCCUGUUUCAGUGAAGGACUCAUUCCACAUAGAGGGAGUGGACUCCAGCAUUGGCCUUUCUGCACUAGCAUUCAAGCCCGCACGAGUAAACGCCGAUCUCGUGAAUCUGCUCCAGUCCCUCGGUGCUAUUAUCAUCGCCAAGACGAACGUCCCUCAGACCCUCGCAACGCUCGACAGCUGCAACCACCUCUUCGGUCGGACACUCAACCCGCUGAACCGCCAAUGGACAGCCGGUGGUAGCACCGGCGGUGAGGGUGCCUUGGUUGCCAUGCACGGGUCAAUGGUCGGCUUUGGCACGGAUAUCGGCGGCAGCAUCCGGGUACCCGCCAUGUGCCAGGGCAUCUACGGUUUUAAGCCGAGUAACGGUCGCGUACCCUAUGGUGGCCAGGAGAGUGGACAGCUCGCCGGUAAGGGCCGGAUAGCCCUGCAGGCUGUUGCUGGUCCGCUGGCCCGUUCGACCGGGGACAUCUCAGCCGUUAUGGGAGAAAUCAUAAGGCGCUCUGAACUAUUUGGUGAAGACUGUAUUCCGGGUUACUGGCCUGCGCCUUCUGUCGCGCUUUCCCUGUAUCCUCAGCGGAAAUUCACCAUAGGCAUUCUCAAGACCGAUGGCCUCGUCACUCCUUUGCCUCCAAUCACCCGCAUCCUCAACGAAGUGGCCCAGCAUUUGGCCCGCACGGGCGUCAAUGUCGUCGAUAUUCCUGUCCCGUCGGCUUUGCCGAAGUGCCAGGGUGUAGCGGGGCGUCUCAUGGGCGUGGAUGACGGCUCCAGCAUGCUCGAUCUCAUUGAGAGCCAGGGCGAGACUUUAAUGCCGUGGCUGCAGGGUCGGAUGAAGCGCGGCAAGGCACUCACUCUUGAUCAAUUGGCACAGCUGCAGGCUCAGCGCGCGCAGAUUGAGAAAGAGAUGUUGAAAAUGUGGACUUUGAAUGGUUCUCAUAUUCGGCAGGUUGACGCUAUUGUGUGCCCUGUCGCACCACACCCAGUCCCCGAGCUUGACCGAUACAAUGCCGUCGGAUAUACCUCAACAUUUGUGUUGUUGGAUUAUCCAGCUGCAACAAUGCCCGUGCGGAAGCUUGUGGAGUCCGAUCUGGAGUUGGGCAAGACAAUGGACGCACCUGUACUGGGAAGCUGGGAUAAGGCCAAUCGCAAACUAUGGGAUGAGAAAACAGUUGACCGUCGCGUGUACCUGGAGUCACCGCUUAGUGUCCAAGUCAUCACGCCGAAGCAGCAUGACUUUGAGCUUUGGCAAGCCAUGGACAUGAUUGAUCAGGCGGUACAGAAAGGUAGUGGCUCGCCUAGCGCUAAGCUAUGA